AUGGCACCUCGACGCGGAGGAGGAAGUUACUGGGGCGGCUAUGGAGACUACAACCCCUGGAGCGAGACAAUUUUACUGUCUGUGAAACGUAGCGGGCGCUACUAUGGUGAUAACUACGAGGAGCUCUUCUAUGCACAAUUUGCCUUCGACCUCCUCUGUCUCAUCGCAUUUGCUGUCUUCCUCAUCUGGGCCUCCCGAUUCCGCAGCCAGGGUCUCCCCUUGCCGUCCAUAAUUUCUGCGCUUGUGUGCUUCAUCCUUUACGAAAUCUUGGUCGUCAUCUACGAAGGCCUAGUGGUCGCCGAGACAUUGGUGACCUAUUACUAUCUGAUCAUUUCGAUGCUCUGGGAGUUAUUCGUCGUUGUUGCGAUUGCUAUCACAUUUCACAUCUUUUGGUCUUUCAUCCACAGAUUCCUGGCCCGUCUCUCAGACUCUGGUAGACCAAGCUCGGCAGUGGCCGCCGUGCACUGGAUCUUCUUCAGUAUUAUCUUUGUGGUCGGUCUUGCCGAGUUUGCCCUCACUGUCGUUACUUAUGUCUACAUGGUGAACCCGGGAGCUGGUGAUAUCUACAGUAUGGCAAACGCUGGCGCGCGACUGGGUGCUGCAUUGAAAAUCAUCUAUUGGUUGAUGUCCAUGGAGAUCCUCGCCUGGCUGGCCUUUAUUUUUGUCAAGUCCGGUCGUUUGAUGUCGAAGACACCUGUCAUUACACUCAUCGCUGGCGCCGUCAGCUGGUUCGCCGUCUGCUUCGGCUGGGCCGUUGUCCAAAUCCACUACACCCUCCUAGUCAACCCUGCUCCCACCUACCUGUCCUUCGCCCAAUCAGUCAUCCAGCUCAUCUUCUGGAUCGGCACGUUCACGGGCAUCCUUCUUUGCUGCGGAAAGUGGAGGACACUCGGCGACGCACAUGAGAAGCACUCUGUUCCCCAGGGCCCGGUCUCCCAGUAUCCCAGCCAGUAUCCUCACCAGGACCAAGCUCAGUAUCCUGCGCCAUAUCCCGAGGGACAGUACGCUCCAGCCCCGCAACCAUAUGCCACAGCUCCGUACCAGGAUUACUCGGCGCAGUCGGCUCAGCAGCAGAUCCCUUCACCUCGCUGA